CGGAAGAGAACAUUCACAGUCAUUUUAGGUGUUUGGACUUUUUUUGUUGCUUGCUUGGAGCGAAAAUUAAAGAAUUUGGCUUAAUUUGACCAAGGAACUGUUUCGGUUCACGUUAUUGUGGGGUUGCAAUCUUUCAAAUUACUACUAACUCCUCAAUUACCCCACAAUGGCAUCUGAGGUACUGAAAAAGCGCAAACCAAAAGUGCUCCGCAGCGAGGGAGGGACCCCUGAAAUGAAACGAGGUCGUGGGGAGGGAGACCAGGAUAUACGUGUCUACAAUGAGGAGGCGGUGCUCGAUAACCGGAGCCCAGAGCAAGACUACGAGCAAUACAAAGACAAGUGUGAUGUCAUUGUCAAACUCAUGGGUGAAAUUCAGGAGCUCAAAGUCAAUGGAGCCAAAGAGGGGUCAGUGGAGGUCGAAGAACGACGCAGGGAGUGCUGCAUCCACUUUGUGACCCUGAAGAAGCUCAAUCGACUCGCUCACAUGAGACUCAAGAAAGGUCGUGAUCAGACACAAGAGGCUAAGCAGCGGGUUGACGUGCUCCACCUGCAACUUCAGAAUCUCCUGUAUGAGGUUAUGCACCUGCAAAAGGAGAUCGGCAAGUGUCUUGAGUUCAAGUCCCAGCAUGAGGAGAUCGAGCUGGUCAGCACUGACGAGUUCUUUAACGAAGCUCCGUCUGAGAUCUCCCGGCCUCACCUCACUAAAGAUGACCCUCAUCAGCUCACGCUGGCCCGUCUGGACUGGGAGCUGGAGCAGAGAAAGAGGUUGGCAGAGCAAUACAAGACUUCUCUUGCCAGCAAGGAGAAAAUCCUGAAGGGAAUUGAGGUGAAGAAGGAAUACCUGGGCAACCUUCGGCCUGGACUCCAGUCCAUCAUGCAGGCCUCUCUUCCCCUUCAGGAGUAUCUGUCCAUGCCGUUUGAGCACGUGCAGAAGCAGGCCGACGUGGCCCGGCACCUGCCCCCGCCCCUCUACGUGCUGCUGGUGCAGGCCAGUGCCUAUGGCCAAGCCUGUGAUAAGAACCUGUCCGUUUUCAUCAGUGGAGAUGUUGAUGAGGCCAAAGCACUCUCGAAGCCCAGAGAGGAUUCACAGGAUGAUGAAAGUGACUCAGAUGCUGAAGAGGAGCAGAAUACAAAGCGGCGUCGGCCAACUGUGGGCGGCCAGCUGGACGAUAAACGCAAGGAGAUGCUGAAGCGUCACCCUCUGUCUCUCUGUAUAGACCUCAAGUGCAAAGAUGGGAGUGUGCUGCAUCUGUUCUUCUACUACCUGAUGAACCUCAACAUCUUGACUGUGAAGGCCAAAGUGUCAACCUCCUCACACCUGACCAAUGUGAUCAGUGCUGGGGAGUUGUUGAACGCAAGCACACUGUUGAACUGCCUCUACACCGGCGAUCAGGGAAAAGAAACUCCAAAUCCGUCUAAUCGCUACCAGUUUGACAAAGUCGGGAUCGUCACCUUUGGAGAUUACGUGGGAGAUUUAGGGCACCCCUACCUGUGGGUGCAGAGUUUGGGUGGACUUCAGUUUCCCAGCGACAACCCUGAGAGCGUGGGGGCGGGGAGCAAGCUGAGCGCCAGUCACAUGGAGCACACCAUGAAGCUGCUCCGGAGCCGCCUGCAGGCCCGCCUGGCCCUGCACAAGCAGUUCAUCUCACUGGAGCACAGUAUCGUGCCGGUGUCUGCCGAGUGCCAGGACCUCUUCCCUGCCAAAGUGAUCUCCCGCCUGGCUCGCUGGAGUGCCAUCACCUACCAGGAGUUUGAGGAGAUGCCAAUGGCGCAGCACGUGCUGAAGGCAGGCCUGGCUCACGAGACUGACCUCUUCUUCAUGGCGGUGGUGGAAAGAGGAACAGCUCGUCUGAACGCGAUCGUGGUGCUGAACCCCCGCUACCCCGACGUCACGCCCUUGUUCUCCCUCUCGCUCAUGUGGAAGGGCGAGCGCACCGGACGCACGGACGACAACCUGCGGGCCAUGGAGAGUGAGGUCAACGUCUUCAGGGCAGAGCUUCAGGGACCCCGUCCUGGCCACCAGCUACUGACCAAUCAGCUCCAGCGCCUGAACGUGUGUCUGGACGUGUACCUGGAGACGGAGAGCCAGGUGUGCGAUGGGAUGGAAGGACCGAGAGAGUUCCCCAGGGAGAAGAUGUGCUUACGCACGGCCAGGGGUCCAAAUCGUCUGAAACCCUUCAAGUACAACCAUCCACAGGGUUUCUUCAGCCAUCGCUGAUCCCAGUCACUCUCUCCUGACGAAGCUGGGUCCCAACAAAUCCGUUCCUUUCCAGUGACCUAUUUUUACACGACUUUUAAUGUUGGUUAGAGCUAAAUAGAAAAAGAAAAAAAACAAAGCAAAUAAAUGUUCUUCAGUUUUUUUUGUAAA